AUAUAUAUAUUAGUAUAUAUAUUGCAUUAUUUGUUGAUAAUCCAUUACUAUAAUUCUAUUUUCUAAUAGUAGAAAAUGCGCAGAAUGCAUGUUUAGAUCGCAUAAUUAAUCAUAUUUUAUAUAACUAAUACUUGUAUGAUACAGUGUCGAUCAUACGAUUAAUAUCUGUGUGAUUUAAUUGAAGCACAUUUUCGCUUUUCUUUCUACUAUAUGGAGAGAAUAUUAUAAUCGACGUUUAAUUAUAAUCGACGUUUAAUCGAAUUAAAUUAUGUUUUCCUUUUUUCAUUCAAUAGUGUUUUUGUAUGUAUGGACAUAUAUAAUUAGAUAUAUCCAUACAUAAGGUCACAUAUAUGGAUAAAAUUCAUAGAUAAUUAUAUAUGAACUUUUUCCCAGAUGAAAAGAUAAUUACUGCAGAAAAUUGAUCUCAAAUUUAAUUAAAAUUAUUUAUUUAAUAGAAAAUUAGAAAUUCUUCUGUUAUAGAAUCCUGAAUAGCUAUUUUUAUUAUAAAAUUCUCUCCGCGCAAAAUACUUCCUUUUCGUAUAUUCCUUUCGAUAUAGUGCCUUUAGCAUUCAUCUAACAUAGAAAGUAAUACUAAUAUGAAAAACACAUUUUAUAUAAGGCUUUUCAAACGCUCCACACUUUGGUUGAAACUUGCGCGAAUUCGACGAAAAUCGACGGCAGGCUUAGUCGGAUCAAUCGUCUCUUCACUUCAAUUGAUCUUAUCUUCGGAUUCCCUCUAAAAUAGAUCACAUUGAAGUAGACGGUAGAAUGAAAUUUCUUCGACAGUCGGGCGUAAUGACUCAUCCCAUCAGUUGCAUGUGUAUAAAAGGAAAAUGCAUGUCUGCGGGAGCGCUGAAGGCUCUUAACAAUUAAAGCAGCCGAAGCGAAUACUCGCUACGCUGCACCAUGCAUUCCCUAAAGUCAUAACCAGACCAUAGUCAUCAUCAGGUCAUGAGAUUCACAAAGGGAUUAAUGUCUCCCCCUAUCACAUUGUUAGAGAUCGAGCCAAGACCUGCAUUAUCGAGGUGUCUUAUUAGUGCACUUUCGCGCGCUUGCUGCGAAAGCGAUUAUGCUCUUCGAGACGAGAAGGUCGCCGCCAAAUCAUAGACAGUUUCAUACACAUCCUCGUUUUCUUAGUUCGCGUUAUCGCUGUGGUCAAUGGACAUUUCGCGGAGACUAUUGUAGAAAGAAGCCAACUCAAUUCAGUAUCUUCCUUGACGCGUACGCGGUAGAAGACCGAGGAUGUGUCGGCUAAAUCCCAUCGUGUGGUACGCGCUUCUACUGGUGGUCGCCUACGCGGCGGAAAAUCAGAGCAAUUCCACUCAUGAAGACAAGCUGCAGGAUGACACGAUGCACCAUGAGCCUCACGUCAACCACGUCAGCCUCACGUGGAACCACGACGAGAAUUCCACAAGGGAUGACGAGGACUCGGUACAGCAUGAGUUUUACCACAAUUACAUGAAGAAUCUCAAUAAGAAGGGCAGUCAGAAUAUGCCGGUCGAGCUUCGCAACAAUUUCAUAGACACCAACAACGAAGGCAACUCUACCACGUCGCAGCUUCGCCCACGAAGAAAUUCGAACAAAACAAAUUCCAAGAUCUGCAAUGACACAGUCUGUAUACCAAUUUGUUGUGAACUCGGCUAUCGUAUGAUCGAAAAUAUAUGCACGCCUGAUGACAAUGAAUAUGAUUUUCCGGAGAUACACGAGAUAGGCAAGAAGGUGGACGAGGUUUUUCCAUUGUUCGUGUCAGAUCCAUGUACCAGUGUACCACGCUUCGCGCUUGAUGCCUCCUUAUAUCCCACCGACGAGUACAUAAUUCUGACCAACGGUUCUUUAUACCAAACGAAAGUGAACAAAUUCAUCGAUCCGGCAAUUUAUUGCUUCGCCGUCAUGAACAAGAGCAAAUACGAACCGACCUUGUGCUUCAAUGGUCCGACCAUCGAUGGCGUGGAUUUCAUCGCCUUCGUCAUUUACCUCUCGUUCCAGGCAACCUUCUUCUGGCUGAACGUGAUGUGCUUCAAUAUUUGGUGGACGUUCGGCGGAUUCCGCUCGUCAGGAAAUGUGAAGCAAGGAGAGAAAAAGAAGUUCAUCAUGUAUUCGAUUUACGCGUGGGGUUGCGCCUCCUCCCUUACUAUCCUCUGUCUCAUCAUGGAUUUCGUCCCCGAUAUACCGGAAACUUUAAUCAAACCGGGGUUUGGCACAAUUAGAUGUUGGUUCUCGACGAAUGAGGCAAGAAGCUUAUAUUUUUACUUACCCAUGAGUAUCACUGUUAUCUGCAACAUCUUCCUGUUCAUUUCCACGGCGUUGAAGAUUGUACGGUACCAGAAGGAAACCACGGCUCAACAGCUGAAAAGCUUGGAAAGCAAACGUCACACUGACAACAAGCAAUGGUUUCUCCUGUACUUGAAGUUGUUCAUCGUGAUGGGCAUAAACUGGUCCAUGGAGAUAUUAUCGUGGUUGUUCGACAGCAAGCCGCCAGUCGUUUGGUACGUCACCGACCUGAUAAAUAGUCUGCAGGGUCUCUUCAUCUUCAUCAUAUUCGUGUGGAAGGACAAUAUCAGGAAUCUACUACUAAAAAGAUUUGGUUGUCGAAAAGACAUAUUCUCCAGAAACUCAACGCGUAGUGAUUGCUACAGCACAUCCUCGCACACCAUCACAAAGGGGAUGUCACUUCAGGAGAAGAUCAACCCCUACAUACAGAAUUCGAACUGUCGCGCGAAGAAUUCGUCCGACGAGAAUUCGACCGACUGCCCUAAUGUAUAAUGCGAGGAGAGAAUUUCUUUUGCAGUGUCCUGUCUGUAUAUAUAUAUAUAUAUAUAUAUAUAUAUAUAUAUAUAUAUACACACAUACAUGAUAUUAGAAAAGUCUGGAA